AUGGAAAGUAAGAAAAGUCUUUUCCAAACAAAACUUCUAGAGUCUAAAGAAAACAAAGCUACAAAUAGUUCAAGUUUAUUUCCCCGGGAAGAAUACGAACGAGUAAUUAGUCGCCUGAAUGAACUUAAACAAUCUAAUCAUACGAAGACUAAGCAGGAUUAUCGUUUGUUACAAAAAUAUGAAAUACUGGAGGUCACAAUUGAGGGUACCACCGUGCAAAAGUUGCAGAAGAAAGGAACUCAGCUGCGAUUCGUUUGUGCUGAAUAUGUGUUUGAUGUACUUCUAGCUAUUCAUCGCAUAAUUGGCCAUGGAGGAAGAACUAGUAUGUGUAAGGCAACCAAAGAAAAAUAUGCAAACAUUUCACGUGAUCAGAUAACGCUGUUCUUGCAGUAUUGUGAGGAAUGUCAGCUAAAGAAAAGUAGUGUGCGGAAGUGUGUGGUUGUCAAGCCAAUCGUCUCGAACAGCAUGAAUUCUCGAGCACAGGUUGACUUGAUUGAUAUGCAGAGUCAACCAGAUGGGAAGUACCGUUUCAUUUUCAAUUACCAGGAUCACUUGACCAAGAUGAUAUGCCUUCGAGCACUACAGACUAAGACUGCCGAGGAGGUAGCUUUUCACCUGGUUGACAUUUUCUGUGAUAAAGGAGCCCCUCAUAUUCUUCAAUCUGUCAAUGGGAGAGAAUUUUCAAAUAAGGUAAUCAAGGAAGUUCUGGCUAUGUGGCCAGAAUGUAAGCUAGUUCAUGGGAAACCAAGAUAUUCUCAAUCACAGGGUUCCGUGGAACGAGCUCAUCUUGGUAUUUCUGCUGUCAACAUACCCGAAGAAAUAAUGGAAGGCAUGGAGACAGAGGAGCAGCUUGCAGAAGCACUUUGUUUAGUUAAUGAAGAAGAUCAAAAUGUAGAACAGUGGAGAAGUGCUGAAAGUUGUGCCAUAAAUUGCAACUCGUGUGGUCAAAACAUUCCAUGUCAUCCUUCUGGUCAGUGUUGUUCAACUGUAAAUGACAAUGUUGAUGAUCCUGUGCUCUGUUGCCUAUGCAAUAGAAAUCGUAGCAUUCAGGCUGAACGAAGGGAAUCGAAAAUACAACAAGAGAAGCAAGCUAAAAAAAUGAAGGAUAAAUCAGUACAGCGUUUCAAGCCAGCCCUUGCAGGGGACACUGUCAUGGUUCCUAUUCCACUUGUUGACCGUGGACGAGCGGAGUUUGCGAAUGCAAAGGCAAUUAUAACUGAGACAAUGGAUGGCGGAACUUACAAACUAGGGACAAAACAUGGUUUACUUAAACAGGUGUACUGUCGAAAUCAGUUCACUUUAUGUGCUGAAAAAUUUAUGUCACUCGAAGAGAUUAAGAACAUUGAGCAAGACAAGAAGAAUUUAUAUAAGCCUAAUUCCCCAAAGUACAGCCUCCCCAAAGUACGCCUCCACGCACACGUUACCUUAGAUCUGUGCAAAGAAAAUUUUUGGUUAUUAGUUACUGCAUCAUUGACAAUUAUUACUUUAUGCAUGGCUGAAUCAGCCAAUACAGCCUAA